AUGCCCAGUUUAAGCGCGUUUACCGUCUGUUUCUGGAUGAAAUCAAGCGGCACUAAUGCAGGAACGCCAUUUAGUUAUGCCGUUCAAGGAGAGGAUAAAGAACUGCUUUUGAUUAACUACGAUAAUUUUAAGCUGCUCAUUGGUGGUGAAGAGAAAAACGUUAUAUUCAAUUAAUGGUGUAUUUCCUUGGAAAAACUCGAAAACAAGAGAAAAAAAUAUAGAAAAACCGAAAAAUCCGAAUUCUUCAGCGUGAUAACAAUAUGGUGGGAACCAUAAAACUCCUUGAAUUUCCCGCGUAUUAAAAGGAGGGUUGCUUGCCUGGACUUAACUCUUAAGUUUCAGAUUUUCGAUUUUAUCCAGUGAAUCCAGCCAGAGUAUGGAUUUUUGAAGGUCAUACCGUUUUAGAUCAAAAGAGGUUUGCUCUCGAAUAAGCGCCGUACCUAAUUGAAUAGGGUUCUAUCCGUAGGGUAUUUGAGGGGUAGACGCCUCCCCCCCAAAAAUAUUGUUAUCAUUACAGUAUAUAAGUAACUAUAUCGGUAAAAUCAUACUAACGCGACGAGGUCAGUGCGCAUAUUGUAACAUUUCUAAAAAUUGUGUCUCAAAAUGCACCAGAUUGCAUCUCAGCGCAUAUGAAUUCAAAAAAGUAUCUGGGGGAGCAUGCCCCCGGACCCCCUAGGUAGCUCAAACUUCCCCAAACGAUAAAUCCUACAUAGAAACCUGAAUGAUCAUGACCGAGCGUGAAGUCAAGAUGGCUCAAUGUUGACCAAGCUUUUUUGGAGCGAUGUUAUGAUACAAGACGAAAUCAAGGCCAAUAUCCAGCCAUAUAGAUCGAACAAUCCUUGUCGAUAAAGGAUCUAUUAUAUCAAGACCAACGCGAGAAAUCCCGAAAUCACUUAGAUAGCCAAAAAACUAUAUUCAUUCAAAAUAUUUCUUCCUCGCUGAAUGGCACAAAUACAAUGGAUAAUUUUUUAUAAUCAGCCAGCGUUUAAGAGAUUUGGAAGAUGUUUGCGAUAUCGGGUACUGAUGUCAUCAAUAGUACAGGCACGAGAUUGUUUUAGCUCAGCUGUUUUGAUAAAGCGGAUUAUUCGGUAUGGCACACUAACUUUCGUUUUUCACUAACAGGACUAUAGGGAUAUCGGCAAAUGAUGGCAAAUGGCAUGCUAUCUGCGUGACAGGGAACAACGACGAGGACACUUAUCAGUUCUUCAAAGAUGGAGUAAUGGAAAAACAAGAGACAGACUUUAUGAAGGGCUACACCAUCAAGGCUGGGGGAUCUUUGGUUCUGUGGCAGGAACAGGAUGAAGCCGGCUACGAUUUCGACGAAGACCAGAGCUUUGUAGGAAACUUGGCUAGGGUUAAUGUGUGGUCCUAUGUCCUGCCAAAAGACGCUAUCAUUGCUUUUUCUGAAUCUUGCUCCAGUAACCUUGGAAUCAGAGGAGACGUCUACAAAUGA